AUGACGGCAGACGAACAGCGGAGCGGGGGACCGCAACAAGAUCAACAUCAACCACCGCAGGCAGAAUCCCCCAGCCCACCAAACUCAGUCUCUAAUAAUUCCACAACCACAAACGAAGGCUCCCUCACCAUCGCCGACCGCGAGCCCUACCAGACCCCUCCAGAAACAACCGACCCCCUCCACGAGAUCCUCGAAGAAGACGGUACGGCCGCGGAGCUCCAGCGAAUCGCGACAGCCCUUUCCAGACACCAAACCCGCCCCAACACCUCAGCAACAGCAGCAGCGGACCCUACACUCGACCCGACGUCCCGCUCCUUUGACGUGACGAAAUGGGUCCGCCACUUCGUUGCGCAGCUGUCGGCGCAGGAAGGGUUUGAGGCGCCCGAGCUGGGCGUGUUGUUCCGCGGGUUGGAUGUGUACGGUGAAGGCCGGGCGCUGCAAGUGCAGGAGACGGUCGAUUCGGUGCUGAGCGCACCAGCGAGGGCCCUAAAGGAACUGUUUUCCGGGCGGGGAAAGGGAGCCCCAGCAGCGAAGGGAGAUGGGCGACGGCAUAUCCUGCACGGUUUCAACGGGGUGCUCCAAAGCGGGGAGUUGCUCGCGGUGCUGGGCCGGCCGGGGUCCGGCUGCUCGACGUUUCUCAAGACGCUCUGCGGCGAGCUGCACGGCUUGUCGGUCAGCGACAAGUCGGCAAUCCACUACAACGGCACGCCGCAGCGGGCGAUGAAGCGCGAGUUUAAGGGCGAGGUCAUCUACAAUCAGGAAGUCGACAAGCACUUCCCCCACCUGACGGUCGGGCAGACGCUCGAGUUCGCCGCGGCCAUGCGCACGCCGGCGGACCGGCUGGGUGACCUGUCCCGUGCGGAGUACUGCGCGUACAUUGCGCGCGUGGUGAUGGCCGUGUUCGGGCUGUCACAUACCUACCACACCAAGGUCGGGAACGACUAUGUCCGGGGUGUGUCCGGCGGGGAACGGAAGCGGGUGAGCAUUGCAGAGAUGAUGGUCGCCGGGAGCCCGUUGUGUGCAUGGGAUAACAGCACUCGCGGGUUGGAUUCCGCCAGCGCCCUACGCUUUGUGCAGGCGCUGAGGUUGUCGUCCGAUCUGGGCCGGCACGCCCACGCCGUGGCUAUGUACCAGGCGAGUCAGGCGAUUUACGACGUGUUUGACAAGGCCACGGUGCUGUAUGACGGCAGACAGAUCUUCUUUGGGAAAGCGCGGGACGCUAGGGGGUACUUUGAGCGCAUGGGCUGGGAGUGCCCGGCGCGGCAGACGACCGGGGAUUUCUUGACGGCUGUGACGAACCCCGAGGAACGGGUGGCGAGGGCCGGGUGGGAGAAGAAAGUACCGCGGACGGCGGAGGAGUUUGAGAAGGCGUGGUUGGCGUCGCCGGAGUUUGCAGAGUUGCAAAGGGAGAUGGCCGAGUUUGAUGCCGAGUUUGCGUCGGGCUCUUCCCAGGGUGACGGCCUGGCGACCCUCCGGGCAACCAAACACCGCCGGCAGGCCAGGCACGCUCGCCGAGCCUCUCCACACAUGCUGACGAUCCCGAUGCAAAUCGCCCACAACACCAAGCGCGCCUAUCGCCGGAUCUGGGGCGAUCUAUCGGCGACGGUCAUUCAGAUCAUUGCUAACAUUAUCCUGGGCCUCAUCAUCGGUUCCAUCUUCUAUGGCAACGUUGCCGAGGGCACCGCCUCUUUCGACGGCAAGGGGGCGGUCCUUUUCAUGGCCAUCUUGCUAAAUGCCCUCACGGCCAUCGCCGAGAUCGAGAGUCUGUACGCGCAACGGCCGAUUGUCGAGAAACACGCCAGCUACGCAUUCUACCACCCGGCGACGGAGGCAGCGGCGGGGAUUGUGGCCGACGUGCCGGUCAAGUUUCCCGCGGCUGUGGUCUUUAACCUGGUGGCGUACUUCUUGGCGGGCCUGCGACGCACGCCGGAACAAUUUUUUCUCUUCUUUCUGGUUUCAUUCAUCACGACGUUUGUGAUGAGCGCUGUAUUCCGGACACUGGCGGCCAUUACGAAGACUGUCGCGCAGGCGAUGGCGUUGGCUGGGGUUUUGGUGCUGGCGUUGAUCAUGUAUACGGGAUACAUUAUCCCCGUUCCGCAAAUGCACCCCUGGUUUGGCUGGAUCCGCUGGAUCAACCCGAUCUUUUACGCCUUUGAGAUCCUCAUCGCCAACGAGUUCCACGGCCGCGAAUUCAUCUGUUCUCAACUUGUGCCGCCCAUCUCGCCCCCCGUUGGCCAUGCUUGGGUGUGUGCCGUCACCGGUGCCGUCGCGGGCCGGCCCACCGUGAACGGCGAUGCCUACAUCGCCGCCAUGUACCAGUACACCUACGAACAUGUGUGGCGCAACCUCGGGAUUCUGUUUGCCUUCUUGGUCGGGUUCAUGGUCAUCUACUUGGCCGCCGUCGAGUUUAACUCGUCGACGGCGAGCACGGCCGAGGCCCUGGUCUUCCCACGCUGGGAUAUCCCAGCGUACCUCGACCCGAAGCGACAAGGUACUUCCCAAGACGAGGAGACCGGUAGCGGCACCGAGGCCGAUAAGACCGGCAUCCCGCAGACUGUCCCGGCCGAUCCUAACAAUGGUAGUGAUAACGGCACAACCACAACAGCACGUCCGAGCACCGGCAUCGAACCACAAACGUCUCUCUUCACCUGGCACAACGUCGUCUACGACAUCCCCAUCAAGCCUGACACCAAGGCCACGUUGUCUGACGGUAGUAACACCAGCAGCAGCAAGAGCACACGCCGACUGCUGGAUCACGUCGAUGGCUGGGUUAAGCCGGGAACGCUGACGGCGCUGAUGGGCGCGUCGGGGGCCGGCAAGACCACACUGCUGGAUGUGCUGGCGCAGCGGACGAGUUUGGGUGUGAUCACGGGGGAUAUGUUGGUGGAUGGCCGGGCGAGGGGGGCGGAUUUCCAGCGAAGGACGGGUUAUGUCCAGCAGCAGGACCUCCACCUCGACACCUCCACGGUCCGCGAAUCCCUCCGCUUCAGCGCUCUCCUCCGCCGCCCCCCUUCUGUCCCCCUCGCCGAGAAAUACGCCUUCGUCGAAGACGUCAUCGUCAUGCUUGGCAUGCAAGAGUACGCCAACGCCGUCGUCGGCGUACCCGGUUCAGGCCUUAACGUCGAACAGCGCAAACUACUCACCAUCGGCGUCGAGCUGGUCGCGAAGCCUAAGUUGCUUCUCUUCCUCGACGAACCGACCUCUGGUCUCGACUCGCAGAGCGCGUGGGCGAUCUGCGUGUUCCUCCGGAAACUGGCUGAUGCUGGGCAGGCUGUGCUGUGUACCAUCCACCAGCCGAAUGCGCUGCUGUUUCAGCAGUUUGAUCGGUUGUUGUUUCUCGCUAAAGGCGGACGCACGGUGUAUUUUGGGGAUGUGGGCGCCAACUCGGGGUCGUUGUUGGGGUAUUUUGAGCGGAAUGGGGCGCGGAAGUGUGGUGCGGAGGAGAAUCCAGCCGAGUACAUGCUGGAGAUUGUCGCGGAGGGUGUGAAUGAUGAAGGGCGGGACUGGCAUGACGUGUGGAGGGGCAGCGGGGAGUACGAGGAGGUGCAGCGGGAGUUGGAGCGGAUGGAAACAAUGGGACGGGGGACGACGGUCAAGUCCGGCGAGGAUAACGACAACGGCGGUGAGUUUGCCAUGCCGUUGGGGGCGCAGGUGGCGGCUGUGACGAAACGCAUCUUCCAGCAGUACUGGCGCAUGCCGGCGUAUGUGCUGCCUAAGUUUGGGCUGGGGAUUAUGGCGGGGCUGUUUAUUGGGUUCACGUUCUGGAAGUCGGAGAAUGAUGAGGCGGGCAUGCGGAAUAUUAUUUUCUCGGUGUUUAUGGUUACUACCAUUUUUACCACGCUCGUCCAGCAGAUCCUUCCCCUAUUCAUCACGCAACGCUCCCUCUACGAAGUCCGCGAACGCCCUAGCAAAACGUACUCCUGGCGCGCCUUCCUCUUCGCCAACAUCGCCGUCGAAAUCCCCUACCAAAUCAUCACCGGCAUCCUCACCUUUGCCAGCUUCUACUACCCCGUCGUCGGCAUCCAAGCCUCCUCCCGCCAGGGGCUCGUCCUCCUCUUCAUGAUCCAACUCUUCAUCUACGCCUCCGCCUUCGCCCACAUGACCAUCGUCGCUCUGCCCGAUGCCCAGGCCGCUGCGGCUAUCGUCAUCCUCCUAACCAUGAUGAGCACCAUCUUCAGCGGUGUCCUGCAGACUCGCACUGCCCUCCCAGGCUUCUGGAGCUUCAUGUACCGCGUUUCCCCCUUCACCUACUGGAUCUCGGGGAUCGUGUCCACAGCGCUGCAUGACCGCCCGGUCGACUGCUCGGCCACGGAAAACUUGGUGUUUGAUCCACCCCCGGGGAAAUCCUGUGUCGAAUACCUCGCGCCGUUGGCGGAUCAGGCGUUGGGGACGUUGCAGAACCCCAUGGACACGGCGGCGUGUCGGUAUUGUCCGUUUAAAGUGGCGGAUCAGUUUUUGGCGGGGGUGGAUAUCUACUGGGACGAUCGGUGGCGGAACUUUGGGAUUAUGUGGGCGUAUAUUGUUUUUGAUGUUGUCGUGGCUGUGGGGCUGUAUUAUUUGUUUAGGGUGAGGGGAGUGGGGAGGAUGAGGAAGAAUUAG